AAUUUUGCAUUUUAGUAUAUUUUUUUCAAAAUUUAAUAUCCUCUCCAAAUAAUCGCCGAUUAUUUAGAAGCCUCGAUAUGCCGGCGCCGCCGAUUUAAACUCUCAGAUCUGCAGUAGUUUUUACUACUUCCCCGUCACUUUAAGGGGUGUGUGAAGGUUUGCUUUGGUGUGUUUGUUGGUUGCUGCAAAAGGGGGGCUGGGAUAGCUGCAUUGAAACUCUCUGUAUAUCUACUGAUGUUGUGAUGGGCAGAUGAUUAGAACUGAUGUUAUUAGCAGUAGAAGGAGGAGGGUUUUUCUCUUCUUCAGCGUCCGGGUAUAGUAAGGGUCUCACCCUUCUUCUCUUGGGUCAGAGGCAGGAAGACAAACCCAUGAGAGUUGCGCCGUGGAAUCAGUACCAGUUGGUGGAAAACGAACCCGAUCCUGACCUCCAGCUGGCUUCCUUGAAGAACCGUCUUUCCCGCGGGUGCGCUACCUUUGUUUGCUUUGGUCGCGCUUCCGCAGGGCUUGAUUCUCCUUCUCCGUUGAAGGUAGGUCCUGCCCAGCAGCAGGAUGUCUUGCCAGAUUCUCUUGUUGCUGAUAAGGACAAAUGUAACACUGCUGAAUGCGAAGGUGAUAGUAAUGCAAGAAGAAUUAUGCUUAAGAGUAGUUUGAAGAAGCCAUCUAGUAACAUUCAACUACCUGUUGAGAAUGCAAAUCAACACAAUGCAAUGGGUGAAAAAGGUAGCGAUAUACCUGGUUAUACAGAAAAGAGAAAAGUGCAGUGGACAGAUGUUUGUGGGAGUGAGCUUGCUGAAAUCAGGGAAUUUGAACCAAGUGAAACGAAUGGAUCAGACGAUGAAUUUGACAACGGAACUGAAAGAAGUUGUGCAUGUGUGAUUAUGUGAUUGAUUCUAUUAGCAGAAGAUUUUGUGUUCUUUGUUGUCCUGGAAAGUGAAAAUGUGACUUGCAAAUCGCUGCUAACGGAAGUAAUACACUUUAUCCCUGGAAUUGAUUGAAUUCGAUAGGGAAACACAACCAUACCUAUAUGCCUGUUGAACAUUAAAUCAUUUGUCUAUAUUUAAUUUAUUAGGGUUUCAAUUUUGGUACUAUGAUAUCUUUUUUUGCCUUGUUAUAUUAUUUUCUUUGUGAUCGCCUUGUCCGUGUAAUUUUGUUUUCAUCUUCAUUACUAUGCUAUAUUUAUUUGUA